CUAGUUCUCAAUCUGUGACUGAUUCCGUCAUUUGUCAAACAUAAAAAUGGCGUCGUUAUCGAGCUUAUUACCAGCUCCCGUUCAGCAAGUAUGGGACAGAGACGACGAGCAAAAAGCGAAGCGAGUAGGAAGUGCCUUAGUUGUUUCCCAAACCAGUGUACCACCCUAUGGUCAAAGGAAAGGAUGGAUACCGAGGGCAGAGGAAGAUUUUGGAGAUGGUGGAGCAUUUCCCGAGAUCCAUGUGGCCCAAUACCCCUUGGGUAUGGGGGCUCGGGGAAAGGAGAGCACCUCAAAUGCAUUAGCUGUACAGUUGGAUGAGUCUGGCCGUGUGAAAUAUUCUGCAAUAGCUAGACAAGGACAUGGUGCUGAUAAGAUUAUAUAUUCUAAAUUGACAGACCUUUUACCAUCAGAAGUGUUGGCGGAAGAUGAUCCAACACUACAAAAGCCUACAGAUGAUGAUAUUCAAGAUAUUACGGAGAAAACAAAAUUGGCUCUCGAAAAAUUGACAAAUGCUAAAAUAUCAGCUGCUAUGCCUGUUAAAGCUGCUCCUAAAGCUGCACCAGCUCAAUACAUAAGGUAUACUCCAGCGCAGCAAGGCGGUGCAUUCAACUCUGGCGCUAAACAGAGAGUAAUUAGGAUGGUGGAAGCGCAGUCGGACCCGAUGGAGCCACCGCGGUUCCAGAUCAACCGCAAGAUCCCGCGCGCGGCGCCUUCGCCCCCCGCGCCCGUGCUGCACUCGCCGCCGCGCCGCGUGUCCGUGCGCCAGCAGCGCGACUGGAAGGUGCCGCCCUGCGUCAGCCACUGGAAGAACGCCAAGGGUUACACGAUACCUCUGGACAAACGUCUAGCUGCGGACGGCCGAGGCCUGCAACAGGUUCACAUUAAUGAAAACUUUUCCAAAUUAGCCGAAGCUCUGUAUAUAGCCGAUAGGAAAGCAAGAGAAGCGGUCGAGGCGCGGGCGCAGCUCGAGAGGAGACUCGCGCAGAGGGAGAAAGAGAAGAAGGAGGAGCAUUUGAGGAUGUUAGCGCAGAGGGCCAGGGACCAUAGGGCCGGUAUACGAGCGCCGGAGGAGGAAACGGAAGUCGCGAGUGCGGAUGUUGACGGAGAGUCGGCGGAGAGAGACAAACUGCGCGCGGAGAGACACAAGGAGAGACAGAGAGACAGGAAUCUGGCUCGCGCGGCGCCUGAUAAACGUUCGAAGUUGGUGAAGGAGAGAGAAAGAGAUAUAUCAGAACAGAUCGCGCUUGGCUUGCCGGCCAAGACCAACCAGGGUGGGGAGGCCAUGUUCGAUCAGAGACUGUUCAACAAUUCCAAGGGAAUGGAUAGCGGCUACGGCGACGACGAGGCGUACAACGUGUACGACGCGGCGUGGCGCAGCGGCGCGGUGGGCGCGCACAUCUACCGGCCGAGCCGCGGCGCCGACGCCGACGCGCACGGCGCCGGCCUCGACGCGCUCGCCAACACCAGGCGUUUCGUGGCUGACAAAGAGUUCGCGGGCACGAGCAGCGCCAACACGCGCUCCGGCCCCGUUCAGUUCGAGAAGAAUCCGCGCGCCGAGCCGCAGCAGCGCGCGGAGGCGGAGUUCGACCCGUUCGGGCUGGACCGGUUCCUCAGCGAGGCGAAGCGCGCCGACGCGGGCGCGCGCCGCCACGAGCCGCCGCCCAAGCGCCGCCGCGACUGACCGCCGACCGAUUGCCGUGUUCCAUUGUUGUCUAUAUUUUAUAGAUAUUAUUGUUUCGAGGCCGUUCUCCAUGUUCCAUCGGUCUUUUGUACUAGUAAAGUUCCCCAGCAAAUGUUUAUUUGUCGAUAAAUCAUUAGAAUUUUUGGCAAAUUUCGUUGCUUAGUGACUCUUUGAGGAAUCGCUGAUGGAUCAAACAUAGGUACCGGUGUUUAGUUGUAAAUGAUAGAUUAAGUUAAUUUUUUAUAAAUAAACAUUUUGACACCAAA